GCAAUCUAAGCCCCACCCAAAUUUUGGUCCACCGACCGCCACUGUUACUGUUUGACAUCUCUCGUGACAUCAAAGAAUCUCCCCAAGCGCGUGAUGAGGCGUCAUCCUUGCACAACAAGAUGGACAAUUUUGAAUUUACUGGGCUGUGUUUGUUUUAGGAACAAGUUCUGGCACGCUUUAACACUGUCAGCAAAACACUUCAGAAACCACCACUCAACCUGGGAGUCGUUAACAUGUUGUACGAUUCUCUAACUGCUUUCUUAACAUGACUUCGAGACGAUUUCGAGCGAAUCGAACAAUCAGCCUCACCUUUCGUCGAAGAGCCUUCCUACCAAUACAAACGCAUUGCAAAACGCAAGCGCUUCCACGACGAAAUGAAAGAUGUUGAAGCUGUUUUGUUGCACCGGGAGCAGUUUAGAAUAAACACCUUCCUUGUCAUCGUUGACUGCCUUUUGUCUGAACUUGAAAAGCAAGGAGACAUCUACAAGACUCUGACUCAAGAUUUUGACCUUCUCUUUUAUCUUCAGAAGAAGCCUGCCACAAGCAUUCGAGACGCAGCAUCUCGCAUUCAGCAGCAAUGUGAGGACGACCUAGAGCCAUCAUUUCCUGACGAACUAGUGUCGUAUUCAGAAUAUGUCAACUCAGCAUUUCAGUCUGAGGAUACACUUUCUCCUCCCCGGCUCCUUCAAGAUCUGCGCGAAAGUGGUGCAACAUCAGCUUUCCCAAAUGUAGAGAUCGCACUGAGGCUCUUUCUCACCAUGCCUAUCGCCAACGUAGAGGGUGAAAGAUCAUUCUCCGUACUGAAACGAGUGAAAAGUAGACUGCGUUCAACGAUGGGACAAGAGAAACUAAGCGGCCUAGCUCUCUUGACGAUUGAAUCUGAAACGACAAAAUGUCUAGACUUUGAGGACAUCAUCGAGGCAUUUGCCCUGCAAAAAGCCAGGAGAAAAAUAUAAGGUAUGAGUUUUUAUAAUCUGUUGUGUAUGUGUUUAGAUGAAGUAAACCACCACGAAGUAAACAAGCCCGGAUAGGUUUCGGCUGCCUCAUACUUUGUAACAGAAAUAGAUCUAUAAAUGUGCUUGUCGUCGUCUUAAUC